AUGAGUAAUGGACAAACAAUAGAAACAAAAGAUAUUGUGAAAUACAUAUAUCAAAAUAAAAUCAAAUAUGUUGAAUAUCUGUUGCAAAACAAACAAAAAAUCUUCAAUUCAUGGGAUACAAAACAAUUGAAUGGGAGUGAAAUCAUUUCAAAAUUAUUAACAACAGAAAGCAUUAAUAUGCUGAAUCUAAUUCUGAAUCAUAUCAAUGAUAUUGAGAUUACUUCUGCAAACUUGAAAUUAUGCAUUGAAAGGAAACAAAUCGCAAUCUUUAAGACUUUGUAUGAAAGAAUUCCAAAGAAUCAGAUUGAUUUUGAGCAAAUCAUACAACCAGCAGUUUAUUCAAAACAAAAUGAUAUCAUUCAAUACUUAUUAAAUAACGGAUGUCCAGCUGAUGUGAAAAUACAUCAAAGACGUCAAGUUCUAUUAAUUUUCAUAGAAGAAACAGAAUCAGAUCUUUUAACUUACUCAAUAAUUAAUGAAGAAAAAGAAUUGACUGAUUUGUUAUUGAGUAAAGGUGCCAAAAUCAACUUUGAAAAUGAUCUAACUCUCAAUGCAAUUAAAAAAUUAUCAUUCAAUGAUUUCGAAAAAGCUAUAUCAAAAAUGGGAAGGCUUAGUAAUGUCAAGAUUAUAGAUGUUAUGGAUUAUUUGGACAAUGCUCAUAUAAAAUUAAUGAUAAAAUCAGGAGCUAAUUUCAGUGCAACAAAAGAAUACAAAAAGAAUGGGAAAAAUUAUGAAAAAUCAGCUUUGCUCAAUGCAAUUAUCAAAGAAAAUGAGGAACUUAUUGAAUAUUUACUUCAAGUUGGAGCUACUGUUUUCAUCAAUUGUGAAAGGCCGAUGAUUGCCUAUGCACUGGAAACACAUAAUUUUAAAAUUGUAAAAAUGAUAGGAAAUCAGUAUUCUCGUCUUAACUUUCAAGUUAGGAAUCCUUUAAUUCAUCAAGCAAUCAGCUCAGGAAAUAUUGACAUUGUCAAGUAUGUUGUUUCACGAAGAGCUCCAGUCAAUGGACGACAUAAAAAUAAUAAGAAGUAUUCUAUUGACUAUGUUUUUGAAGAAGGAACACAUGAAAUUAUGAAAUAUUUGAUUGAAAAUGGACUGGACAUUUCGAAAUCAAAAUUAUUUUCUAAUGCCUAUCACGCUAUAUUUUGCCGUUGUAAAAUUAACGUAAUAGAAGCGUUGAUUAACAAUCAUUUGUAUGAAUUUGGUCAAUAUCGUUCUGAUAUACCAAAAGUUAUGUACUUGUUGUCAAAAAGUACGAUCAAAAAAAUUGUUAAUAGAUACAAUUGUAUCAAUGAUGUUGAUGAAGAUGGAUAUACAGCUCUAUACUAUUCUAUCAAUUGUCAAAAUCCAAAUUUGGACAUUAUAAAAUACUUACUCGAAUUAGGAGCUGAUCCAAACCAAUACGCGAAAACUCUUUUUGUUGCAAUUAAACAAAUGAAUCCAGAUUUAAUACAAUUAUUGCUUAAAUAUAAUGCGAAUCCAUUGAUCGAUUUUCAUGGUAUGACCCCAAUUGAAUAUUGUAUUUCAAAAGAAUCUAUGAAGAUAUUGAACUUAUUCAUUGAUAAAGUUGGCAUUCAUAAUAUUCGAUAUGAUAAUUUUAUCAAAGCUCUCUUGAAAAAUUCAGAUGACUUUAUCAGAGAAGUCUUUAAUUUCUUGAUUAAUAAUAAGGUUGAUUUGAAUUUUAACACAUAUUCAGCAUUAUACUAUGCAGCAGAUGUGAACAAAUACGAUAUCUUGGUGUUCUUAUUGGAGUCAUUUCAAUUUAAUACAAAAUCAUAUCAGCAAACAAUUACAAAAAUAAUUUGUGAACAAAAUGAUAAAUAUAUAGAUUAUAAUGUUUUGAAUCAGCUUAUUAGACAUAUUGACAGUUUAGACUUUUCAGAUGAAAAAGGACAACCAUUAAUUACGAUUGCAUUACUAAAUAAGAAUAUUAAAUUAGCAGAAUUCCUUCUUAGUAAAGGCGCAUCACUCACUAAAGAUCAGUCAAAGUUAUCAACAUUUCAGGAAUGCUUUUAUCUUGUCAUUCAAAGAAAAUCAAUUGCUUUAUUAAAAGCGUUUUUAGAAUAUAUUGACAUCGUUGAUUAUAAAGCAUUAGUUUAUUCAAUUCAAACUCAAUCAUUAGAAAUAAUUAAGUUAAUCUCGACAAAACAGUUAAUUCCAACUCCUGAAAAUGAUCAUUAUAUGCAGUUAGAAUAUUAUUUAGAUGAGUAUUUUAACAAAGAGAUCCUUGACGAACUAAAAGAUAAAAUUAAAGAUUAUAUUUGUUCUGAUGGAGAAUCACUGGACUAUUCUACUCAUAAUAAUGAAUUAUUUGAUUAUUUUAUCGAUAACUUCGAAUUUGAUCAGAAAAUUAUCGAAGAAAUAAUUGAAGAAUUUGUUAGAAGAAUCAAAAUCCCGCAUAUAUAUGAAAAAUUGUUUAACAAAUUAAAUAAUGUGAACUUCAAAACAUCAGAUGGAUCUCCCAUUAUUAUGUUUAUUGUAAGAUGUCAAAACAUAGAGGCACUUGAAUCACUUUUAAGAAGGAAAGAUGAAAUCCAAUUUGAAAACAAAGAUAUUCCUUUUAUUUUAUUUGAAUUCAUGAAUUUUAGAAAAGAAUACUAUGAUAGGUUUUAUGAUGCUGAUAUGGAAUUACCAUUGAAUACAACUGAUCAGAAGUUUGAUAUCAAACUUGAUGCAUUUGAAUAUUCAAUUAAAAUUAAAUCACUCAAAUUAUAUUCAUUCCUCAAUUCAUAUUCCAAAGAAAAAUUCUUAGGCUUAAAAGCAGCAAUUCAAGGUGAUUUCCUUGAAUUAUAUCAAAAACUAGCGCCAAAUCCUAGCGAAAAGAUUCAAUUACACCUUCAAAUUGCAAUAGAUUCAAAAUCACUUCAAAUUAUUGAUUAUAUUCUUCAAAAAAUCAACAAAAUUGAAUAUGAUACCUAUAUCUUAGCAAUAUGCACUAAAUCGGCCGAAAUUGUUCAAAAACUUCUAAACAAGCAAAUGAUUCCUGAAAAACCGGAAAAUUCAAAACCUUUAUUAUUCGAUCUUGUCAGAUUUUACAACAAAGAUGUUUUUAAUAUAAUGAUUAAAUAUGUUAACAAUUUUCAUGAGCAAAUUAAUUUAGGAGGAAAGAAUUAUAAUAUCGUUCAAAUUGCUUUGCUUGCUAAAUCAGACAAAGAAUGCAUUAAAUUUUUACUUGAUAAAGGAAUCUAUUAUGAUCCUAAAUUUGAUAAACAAGAUGAACCUUUGAAAAUUGCUGCUCAAAAAGCAAUUGGUGUGGACGAAGCAUAUUACAAUGAAAUAUUUGAUCUUCUUCUAAAAUAUAAAUCAAUUGAUCGAAAACUUGGAUUAGAUUUGUUUAAUACUGCAAAUAUUAAUCAUAAUGAUGAGCUUAUUUCAAUAAUGCUCAAAGCGGACAAAAAUAAUGUUAUAAAAAGCAUUAAGAAAGAGCAUGAUGAUUUGCUACUCAGACAAUUAAUGGCACUAAGAGCUGUUCAAUACAAUCAUUAUUACCAUGAUUAUUCUGAUGAUCCAGAUCUUGAAGAUGAUGAUAUGAUUUAUUAUGAUCAUUACCAUGAUAGGUGUUACCAAAGAAAUAGAUACUAUGAUAGCUCAGAUGAUGAUAGCUCAGAUGAUGAUAGCUCAGAUGAUGAUAAUUAUCAUGAUGAAUUUGAUGAUAAUUAUGGACGCUAUUACAUGUAA